ACCAGACCAGUUAAUUAAAUUAUUUGUCUGCUUCGCUUCUGUUUAGUGUUUACCACCUACCGGUAGUAAAAUAGGGAAUAUAUUAUUUACGUUGGCACAGCAAGAAAUAACUUCAAUUGUUUUUUAAUUCACUCUCAGUGAUUUGGGUGAUAUAGUGUCGACGACGUUGUGUGUUAUUAAGGUUGGCUGGGGUUAUUUACUGUAGCAGCCUAUUUAACCUCAACUCCUCCUAAGGCUGAGGCUAGUAGUCUGUGUUUGUUGAAAGGAUAUUAGUUUCUGAUUUUCCCUGUUAUUAAGUACUAACUAUUUAAGACCAAAAAUAUUGUUGCCCUGAUGGAUGUUGAUGCUCAUGGUUCAGAAUCAACUUCAGGCCCUCACGUAGAUGACACUGGGGUGUCUGAAAUGGAGAAAACUCCAAAAGACAGGCUUCUUGAACUCCUAGACCAAGUAGAACUCCACGUAGAAAGGCUCAGAAAAGAAGCUGCUCAACUGGAAGAAGAAAGAGACACUCUCUUCACUACUUUAGACACUAUUAGAAACUCUGAUCUACUGGCAACAAUAGAUGAAAAUGACAGAGAAGACAUUCUGCGAUACUGUGAGAGGGUAACAGGGCGCUGUCUGACGGUUGAGGUAUUGGUUCAUACCAACCGCGAUCGCAUCCAGGAAGACGCGUUGUACCAGGUCAACCGACUUAUCGACAGCCUUGUAAUUUCCAUAAAAUCUGAUCCAACAGCUACAAGAGUGAAAUGCCUAUCUUACAUGGCCGCUUGUACUUCUACUUCUUAUCAGGCAGCCAGUGAUAAGAACUUUGAAACAGCAAUAUUGGGAUGCACACUCGAUGAUCAGAAACGCAUCAGGAAACGCUUACAGGGGCUGCUAGACUACAUGAACCAAGAACCGAUUAUCAGCACAAUAGAUUGAAAGUAUACUCACUUUAAACUAACAAGUGUGGUGGAUCCUGAAAAUAUUUGACUUUUUCAUGUUGAAUUUCAAUAACAAUGUUGGUUAUGAAUAAGUCAUGGUGAUAAUAUUAACACGUAUGUACGUAAUGAGUUUCUUUUUCGUUUUAUAGUACUUUUUCAAAUUUUUGGUUUCGAUAGUUUAAAAAAAAUUUCCUUAGUUGAAAAAUUGUUGAAAUUUAAAUUUGGUUUUUGUGCAGUAAUCUUGUAGUUUUGGAACGUGUUGAAAUAUAAAUUUACUAAGCGCAUGUUUUGAAAUUUCCAUUAUUCUUAUUUAUUUAUUAAACUUUUAUAGUUCGUUAUUUAGUGUUUUUUACUCUUACUCUCCAUGCCAAUUAAAAAGGAAGGAUUUUUAAACUACUAUGAUUCAACGUCCACAAAAUAUAGGUUCUCUUAAAACUGUUGUCUGUGCAUUUUGUUAGAUGAAAUCUCCAUUUUAACGUCUUAACUAUUUAAAUUCCUCAUGUACCUUCACUAUAUCAGAUUAUGUUCAAAGACUGAUACUAAUUCAGCACAUUAAGUUGAUCAUAGUUUAUUUCAUCCUCUAUAUAAUACAACAUUGUAAGUUAUAUAAAAGAAUAUUUGCCAAGGUUUAUCUAAGUUCCUUAAUUGAAAUUUGGUGCAGUACACGGCAUUUGACCCAUAUAAUUGGUAUCAAUGCAAAUGUUUACAAUUUAACUUCUGGACUCGCUUGAAUGCCCUUAAUAUUAUUAAGCUGUUUAGGCUAUUAUAUAAAUUGCAAAAGCAACUGACAUUUUAUAAUAUUUUAUUUGAUAGUAAUUUUUUCAGCAAUAUGGUGGCAUGUAGAGUUUACUAACUUCUUCAAUCCAUUCUUCCAAUAGGAAAUAAUAUUGUGGAAUGUAGCAAUAUUUUGGUGGAAUUUUAUCUGGAAGGUUUGCUAACUUCUUUAUUUCAUUAUUCCAAUACAAAAUAAUAUUGUUGGUUAGUGUAAAUUAUUUAUCUUCAAAAUUCAAUUUUUAUGAGGUAUCUUUCUCUAGUUUAAUUUUGUCUUUUUAUAUAUUUGUAUUAUUUGCAAUUAAAAUGUUUUUUGUUCAAACCCUGGUCUUGUUGUCGUAUUGUUUUAAAGACAUUGUUAAUGGAUAGCCUAAUGACUAAAUGACAAGUGGGUCCUUAACCCCUCAAGAUCAAGUCUACAGCAUUUAUAAUGUCUAGAUUGUAGCACAACGGAUUGAGUUAUCAAAUAAUUAAAUAACUUGCGUCAUCAAUCCAUGAAUUGCUGUGGAGUACGCGUUUCAACCAUCAGGUCAUCCUCAGCUCCACUGUCACUAGGUUGAAUCUGUUUCUACGUUGCUUCGAUUUUGUAGCAACAACGUCGAUAUGGUUGAAACGCGUACUCCACAGUAGUUCAUGGAUUGAUGACGUAAGUUAUUUAACUACAGCAUUUAGGUUUGAAAUAUUGUACUCUUAAUUUACAUGGUCAUCCAGACUAUUCUUGAGGCACUAAACUACCAUUUCUUUUGAUUAAAAUAAGCGUUUUCCAAUUUUCCUACAUCCUACAAGUAAGCGAAUUGCAAAUACUAUUUGUAUACAUACAUACAUAGGCUAAAGCCGACUUAGUCCUAGAUCAGCCAUCACUUGCUGAAACCUCACAGACACAUUCAUCAAUCACUUAAAUCUCAUAUUAGCUCCUUUGUUGUUCUAAUCUGGGAGCUGGCUAUCAAAGCUUUCUUACAAAAGGUUGACGUUGACGUACCAGAGUUUGAACAUUUCCUUACCUAGUAUGUUUGGUGAAGAAUAACAAUUAAAAGACUUUAAUGCUCUUUGUGCCAGAGAUUUCAACCUAACAUUUGAAGUAUUGAGUGGACACUUUCCUAUCUUUGAUGUGCAUGCACCUAUUUUUUACACAUCCCACCACAGAUACAAGACUUAUAUAAAUCUGUCAAUUUAUAAUAUUUUUGAUUAUGUUUUGUUUGGCAGAUAUGGCUCUCUUGAUUACUGUAAAAAAGGAUCAGUAUUACUUUGAAUAUAAAUCUUAUUAUGCUUUUACAAGAACUGUAGCGUAUUAAACAACAAACUGUACUUACGCCUUCUUAAAAUGACACAUGAUACAUUCCAUGUAUAUAGGCCUGCAGUGCUAAAUUAAGACCUUAAAAGUCAGUGUUAACUGUAAUUUAACGGUAUUAAAUAUUU